CCUCAUCCUCACACUGAUCUCAGACUGUAUGAGGAGUAGGGAUGGCCGGGGGACGCAGAGGACUGGUGGCCCCUCAGAACACUUUUCUGGAGAAUAUAGUCCGCCGCUCUAAUGACACCAAUUUUGUUUUGGGGAAUGCCCAGAUACUGGAUUGGCCUAUUGUCUACAGCAAUGAUGGAUUCUGCAAGCUGUCUGGAUACCAUCGUGCUGAAGUCAUGCAGAAGAGCAGCACAUGCAGCUUCAUGUACGGGGAACUCACUGACAAAGAUACCUGCGAGAAAGUCCGCCAGACCUUUGAGAACUACGAGAUGAACUCCUUUGAGAUACUCAUGUACAAGAAGAACAGGAUGCCAGUGUGGUUCUUCGUCAAAAUUGCUCCCAUCCGAAACGAACAGGACAAAGUUGUCCUUUUCCUCUGUACCUUCAGUGAUAUCACUGCAUUCAAGCAGCCUAUUGAAGAUGACUCAUCUAAAGGCUGGGGUAAGUUUGCUCGUCUGACACGGGCGUUGACGAGCAGCCGUGGUGUUUUACAGCAGCUGGCUCCGACUGUCCACAAAGGCGAGAACGUCCACAAGCACUCCCGUCUGGCCGAGGUAUUGCAGCUAGGCUCUGAAAUCCUCCCGCAGUACAAACAAGAGGCUCCAAAAACACCUCCUCAUAUCAUCCUGCACUACUGCACCUUCAAAACUACCUGGGACUGGGUGAUUCUCAUCCUCACCUUCUACACAGCCAUUAUGGUCCCCUACAACGUGUCCUUCAAGACCAAGCAAAACAACGUCACCUGGCUGGUGGUAGACAGCAUUGUGGAUGUGAUUUUCCUGGUGGAUAUUGUGCUCAACUUCCACACCACCUUUGUUGGACCUGCUGGGGAAGUGAUUUCAGACCCAAAGCUCAUCCGGAUGAACUAUGUGAAGACUUGGUUCGUCAUUGACCUCCUCUCCUGUCUUCCUUACGAUGUCAUUAAUGCCUUUGAGAACGUUGACGAGGGCAUCAGCAGCCUCUUCAGCUCUCUGAAGGUAGUGCGUUUGUUGCGUCUCGGCCGUGUGGCCCGCAAGCUGGAUCAUUACAUUGAAUAUGGUGCGGCGGUGCUGGUGCUGCUGGUUUGUGUGUUCGGCUUGGCCGCCCACUGGCUGGCCUGCAUCUGGUACAGCAUUGGAGACUAUGAGGUCAUAGAUGAAGCAAACAACUUGCUCCGUACGACCAGCUGGCUGUAUCUUCUGGGAGAAGCCGCCGGCACACCGUAUCGCUUCAAUGCCAGUGGCACGGAAGUGUGGGAAGGGGGUCCCAGCAAAGAUUCGGUCUACAUCACGUCAUUGUACUUCACCAUGACCAGCCUGACCAGCAUCGGCUUCGGGAACAUCGCUCCCACCACGGAUGCGGAGAAGAUCUUCGCCGUGGCGAUGAUGAUGAUUGGCUCUCUCCUUUAUGCCACCAUCUUUGGUAACGUAACCACCAUCUUCCAGCAAAUGUACGCCAACACAAACCGCUACCACGAGAUGUUAAACAGCGUGAGAGACUUCCUGAAGCUCUACCAGGUUCCCAAGGGCCUCAGCGAGAGGGUCAUGGACUAUAUCGUCUCUACGUGGUCCAUGUCCAGAGGAAUUGACACAGAUAAGGUGUUGCAAAUUUGCCCCAAAGACAUGCGAGCGGACAUCUGCGUUCAUCUCAACAGGAAGGUGUUCAAAGAGCAUCCGGCUUUCCGUCUGGCCAGCGACGGCUGUUUGAGAGCGCUUGCCAUGGAGUUUCAGACCAUCCACUGCGCCCCGGGAGACCUCAUCUACCACGCGGGCGAAAGCGUGGACAGCCUCUGCUUCGUGGUGUCGGGGUCUUUGGAGGUCAUCCAGGACGAUGAAGUUGUUGCUAUUUUGGGAAAGGGGGAUGUGUUCGGGGAUGUGUUCUGGAAAGAGAUGAAUUUAGCUCAGGCCUGUGCAAAUGUCCGUGCGCUGACCUACUGCGAUCUUCACAUCAUCAAACGGGAUGCCUUACAGAAGGUUCUGGAGUUCUACACAGCCUUCGCUGGACACUUCUCACGAAACCUGGUGCUCACCUACAACCUGAGGAAAAGGAUCAUCUUCCGUAAAAUAAGUGACGUCAAACAGGAGGAAGAGGAGAUGCUGCGACGGAAGAACGAAGCGCCUCUAAAUCUUCCUCCAGAUCACCCGGUGCGACGUCUCUUCCAGCGGUUCCGUCAGCAGAAAGAGGCCCGUCUGGCGGCGGAGCAAGCAAGUCAAGGAGAACCGGACGUGGAGCGAGGCAGAGCGGAGACUGUGGUACACGAGAUCACUGCAACCACCAGCGUCGUCACAGUCACUGAAAGUCCAGCCAUACCGGUUACCUCUGUGUCCUCCUCCUCUACGUCUAGAACAUCAUGUCAAGCCAAACUCUGCACUCCUGUGGCCCCUAAUGGAAACUGUACAGGAAACAAGUCAGCGGAACCUCCCAAAAACAAAGGCUGGGGGCGGUUUAAAGAUGCCACAGCCAAGUCUGAUCUCUCCUGGUGUUCUGUGUCCAAAGCCGAGUCCAUGGAGAUGCUUCCAGACAGGACUAAGUGGAACUCGUGGGACAGCGGCAUCACCAAGAGUGACGGGAGCGCUCGAACCCCUCAGGAUCGGAGCCCCUUGCAGGUCGAGGGCAAGCGAGCCUUUCGCCCCAUUCCAGAGCAGAAUCUUCAGGCCUGCUUUAUGGAACUGAAGCAGGAGCUGCGAGGAGACAUCCUCUCCCUCAGCAGCAGAAUGAGCGCGCUUGAAGGCCAGCUCGCCGAGAUGCUCCAGCUUCUCAAAGACAGAAAGACCUCAGGAUCUUCACACCUAUUUGACAUGUCAAGACCAGAUUCUCCAGAUUCAGAAAAGGAUGACAACAUGUUCUCCUAACUGCGUUUCAUAUCUGAUGCAAUGGGCAGAAGGGAGCACGGUUUGGUCCUGUUGAGGUGCUCAUACACUCCUAAAAAUAAAGUUUCUUUUUUUUUUUUUUGCUGGGAUCAGUGGCACCAUGAAAACCUUCAAAGGAAUAGUUCACCCAAAAAUGAAAACUUUAAUCUCAGGCCAUCCAAGAUGUAGAUGAGUUUGUUUCUUCAUUGGAAAAGAUUUGGAGAAGUUUAGCAUUACAUCAGUUGCUAAAUGCUGAAUUUCUCCAAAUCUGUGUAACAUCCACGGAAGUUUUACAUUUCACAGAAGAAUCUAUAUAGUGGAAAAGCAUUCUUUAGAUGAUUAAAACGUUCUUCACACCAAGAAAAAAAAAAAAGGUUCAUUUAAGAACUGUUCAAUUUUUAAGUUAACUCAACUAGCCAAUGACAACUUAAAAACUUUAGUUCAACUAAUGAAUAAAAAUCAGUCCUACUGAGUGUUAAAAGAUGUAUUAGUGCAACCACACUAUAAAAAAAAAAAAAAACUCCGCUUAUGAAACUCAACAAUGGUGACCAUUAAAAAAAUAAAAAUGCAUGCUGGGAGCCAUGGAUGAGUUUUUUUCUAUGCUAGUACCCAGCAUGAAUUGCAGUUUUUUUUUUUUAUGGUAACCAUUGUUGAGGUUCACAAGCUGAUUCUUGAUGUCUGUGUGAGUCGGAUUGCUACCGUAACCAUACCUGCAUCUCAUUGCAACUUGUUUAACAUAUUUGUUCAUUAAUAUAAAUGUUUGCUUUUAUUUUUAAGAGGCAAAUACUACCCAUAUUAUGUAGAAAACUUUGAAAAUAAACAUUAAUUCUUUUUUAACAAUUCCCUUUCUAUUAGAUUUGUGUUAAAACUCUGCUCUGACAGGUUUUUAACAUUUGAUAGACUGACUUUUAUUCAUUAGAUGAGCUAAAGUUGUCAGUUGCUAGUUGAGUUAACUUAAAAAGUUGAUUGCAAUAGGUUGCCUUAUUUUUUGAGUUAGGUCAACUUUUUUUUUUUUUUACAGUGUAAUUUUUUUAGAGUGAUAUGGUGCAACGGCACUUAUUUUUUUAAUCAAAUUCCUUUGCCUUCAGUUGAACAAGAAUUACACGCUUUAAUAAUCAACACAUAAAUAUAUGGAUAUAUGGAACUUACAUAUUAUGGAAUAUGUCACUAUAAUGAAUAUCAGUUGUCAAUUCUUUUGUACAAUGGUUGACAUUUUUGUAUGGUCAUCUAAAUCAACUUCUGUUUUUACUGUUAAAUUAUAUGUCUGAUAAUUUGUCAGUCAGUCAAGCAAAAUGUGACAAUUUAUGAAUGAUUUCCUCAGCUAUUGUUUUAUGGAUAGGCCCAUUUUGCUACCUUGCACAUACUGUUGAAGCCACAUAUCAAAAGUCUUUAACCUGGAAAAUCAUCAACCUGGUUAUUGUAUGUUUGGGACUGACAAAAUGUGCUGUAUGAUGAAUAUACGUUUUUUCACAUAGAAUCAUCUUGGUAUCAUACUCUAAAAUACUGUAGCCUGUUUAUGUGACUAAAUGCUGUGCUCUUAAUAAUGUGACAAUAUGCAAUAUAGCAAUAGUGACAAAUGCAAAAGAACCAAAAUUCCCCUGUCCGUGAAUCCUUGGUGGAUGUUAAAUACGUUGCACUUGUUUUUGAUUUUUAACAGCUUCAUAACUCUGGCUCUUUUAUUUUAGAUCAACUUAAAAAAAAAAAAAAAAAACACUUAAAGGAAAUAGUUAAGGGAAAGUAUUAUGCUAAAUUUGGGAAUAUCAAAAAGUGUAUUAUGUACUGUAUGUACCAUUUCUAUCAGAUGUACAAAGUUAACAAAUUAGGUGGUGGAUAAGCAAUAAUGAUAACUGAUUAAGUGUAUAAAUGAGGCAUAUGCCAUUGUCUGGAGUAAUAUGAGAACAAAUGAAGCAUGAAAUAAGGAGCAGCAGUGUUAUUUAGCAUGUGAUUUUAGCAUUAUUGCCAAAAAUCUAUCAUCUUUUAUAAAGUGUUAAGUCCAUUUUGUUUUGUAAAUGUCAUUUCCAAGAAACUGAAGGAGAAAGGUAUAUCAUAGCGUGUCCUAGCCAAUGAAGUGUUAAACGCUUGUUUUGAAAAAUUUGCACUGCACAACUUUAAUGUUUGAUUCAAUGUAUAUCCUGUACGCAUAAUGAAUCAGUGUGUACACUGUGAAACUGACUUGAUGGGACUUACUGAUUGUACUUUUAUUUUUACUCUGAUUUUAGUCUGAAGAUAAUUAGAAAAAUGGAACAGAAAAAUAUUUUAAAGCUGAUAGCAGUGUCUUACCUUCACAUUAGCUUUGAACAAUUACUGUACUUUUUUUUUUCAAGAUCCAAGUUUAGCUAAAUAAGAGGACAUACUUUGUUAUUAAAGUAUGACGGUUCUAAAUGGGAAAUCUAAUACGGCCACUUUGGGAAUGAAUACACACACACACACAAAAUUCUUCAUGUAAAAUCACUCAUAUCAGGUCAUGGGCCUUAACACAAAGGUUAGGUCUCAUUUUUUUUUAUCUUAAAAGGAAUAUAAAUUACAGUAUUUGUACUUAUUUUUAUUUUUUAUUGUGUCCUGUUGAUCUAUAUAAAUGAAUAACAUGAAAGCACAAGAAAUUAAACUGUCAAUUCAAAGGUGUCAAAUGUUCAUAUGAAAUCAUUUAUACUUUGCAUUAAAUAUUAUUCAUAUUCAUAACUUUAAAUUCUCGACUUGCUAAAAUCAAUUUUAGUGAAGUAUUUUUGUGAUACACAGUGUUGUUGAAAUAAUGUUUUUGAAAUAAGUAUCUUCUGCUCACCAAGGCUGCAUUUAUGUGAUUAAUAAUAGUCAAAAACAGAUAUUAUAAUUUAAAAUAACUGUUUUCUGUUAUGAAUUUUCAUAAAUCAUGUUUUUUAUUGUUUUAUUGACCUGUAUUUUAUUAUUAUUAUUAUUAUUAUUAUUUUUUGUUAUUAUUAUUUAAUCGAAACAACACAACUGCAGUUUGAUUGAUAUUAAUUGGAAUUCAGGAUUAAAAAAAACAUGAUUUUUGAACAUUUUUAAAAAUGGAGUUAUCUGUUUUUGCAAAUGAUCUCUUCAUAUGUUAAACUGUAAUUGAUUCCUGUGAUCAAAGCUGAAUUUUCAGCAUCAUUACUCCAGUCUUCAGUGUCACAUGAUCCUUCAGAAAUCAUUCUAAUAUGCUGAUUUGCUGCUCAAGAAACAUCUCUAAUUAUUAAUGUUGAAUACAGUUGUGCUGCUUCACAUUUUUGUGGAAACCGUGAUGAUUUUUUUUUUCUUUCAGCACUCUUUGAUGAAAAGGAAGUUAAAAAGAACAGCACCGAAAUGUCUUUGCUGUCACUUUUGAUCAAUUUAA